UGAUCAACCAAAUUUUCUUUAUGCUCCUGAAAUACUUUCUGUAUCUUCUAUGAGCAUUUGUUAUAUGGCUAUUGUACCUCUAUGUAGUCAAACCAAUUUGAUGGAGAUGGCACUACUCUAAAUACAAAAAUGUAUGGGUGAGCCCGAGGUUUGUUUUCUUCUUUGGAGAUUCAUGGGAUAACAUCAAGAACAUCAUGAAUGGGAAAGUCUUCUACGAUCAUCACAGGCAUAUCGCAAAGGAGGUCUGUAAAUGAGAUUUCAAACUUGAAAUGGUGGGAACGAACCCAUUCAUAA